AAAAAAAAAUCAGAACUUUUUAAUGGCGACAAUCACUCUACACUCUCUCCACUCCCCAUCCUCUUCCUCCAAACUCCGUCAUCGCAUUCCGACGCCAAAAUCUCGCUCUCAUGUCUCAGUCCAAUGCUCAGCAAAUGGUAACAUGCCAAAUUCUUCCGAAUGUGGCCCUUCAUUUAAAGGACUCAGAAACGUUGCGUGUGGCAUGCUUGCUGCUUGCCUUGUGACCGCUGCCUCGCCUGUUGUUGCUGCAAAUCAGAGAUUGCCUCCGCUAUCAACGGACCCAGACCGUUGUGAGCGUGCAUUUGUAGGGAACACCAUUGGUCAAGCAAAUGGUGUAUAUGACAAGGCAAUUGACCUCCGCUUUUGUGAUUAUACAAAUGAUAAAUCGAACCUAAAGGGAAAAUCACUUGCUGCGGCUCUAAUGUCAGAGGCAAAGUUUGAUGGUGCUGAUAUGUCAGAGGUUGUAAUGUCCAAAGCUUAUGCUGUUGGUGCCAGUUUUAAGGGGGUGGAUUUCACAAAUGCAGUCUUAGACAGAGUGAACUUUGGGAAGGCCGAUCUCAAAGGAGCAAUCUUUAGGAACACAGUUUUAUCAGGUUCUACUUUUGACGAAGCUCAACUUCAAGAUGCGGUCUUUGAAGACACCAUAAUAGGCUAUAUUGAUCUCCAAAAGCUUUGCGUAAAUACUAGCAUCAAUGAAGAAGGAAGAGCAGAGUUGGGGUGUAGAUAACCAUGUUGCUGGUUUUGUCAAGAGUUACUUGCUACAUAUAAGAUUUUGUGUUUACAUGUCCUGAUAAUGAAUUUUUGUACUAGUUUGUAAUAUAUCAUUCUUCAAGCAGUGUUGAUAUCAGCGAGAUGCUUAUGAAAUAUAUGUGAAUCUUGUUGGUAGCAUUUGACCAGAAUGAAAGAUACGUGAUUCUUGUUUA